AUGAGCUUCUACGGCAGAUACUACAGAGGCCUUGGCUUCGGCUACGGAGGGUUUGGAGGCCUGAGCUAUGGUCAUGGCUGUGGCUGUGGAAGCUUCCGCAGACUGCACUGUGGAUAUGGCUCCGGCUUUGGAGGCUAUGGAUAUGGCUCCGGCUUUGGAGGCUAUGGAUAUGGCUCUGGCUUUGGAGGCUGUGGAUAUGGCUCCAGCUUUGGAAAUUUCAGAUAUGGCUGCUGUCGCCCAUUGUACUAUGGUGGUUAUGGUUUCUCUAGCUUCUACUGA